AUGGUUCUGCUAACGACGCCGUCUAUCAGAAACUCCUUUAUUUCCACCAUAGACCAUUUGCCGUGUGAUGUGAUAAGAUCAUUGUGGUUUGUACAAAAUUGUAAUAUAUCCAUAAACAAAGAGAAAGCUCGGUUAGAUGCACUUUUGAAUCAGAUAAUAGAUGCCAGAAAUGAGGAAUCACUUCAGAGGGAAAUUAUGGGCCAAAUUGCUAUGAUUAAAGCGAACAUUUCGAGACUUGACUUGGAGUCCAUUCAAGAACUUAGAGCUUUGAAUAAUCAACUUACGAUACACAAACUAGGACUUGUUGACGAAUUAGAGCAGCUUCAGAAGAUCAGCGAGUCACGGAUGAAUCGAGCAAACGGUAAUGAGGGUCUGAAGCCCGAUCUCCGGAAGCAGCUUAAAGACCACUACAAGAGCCACCCAUUGAUUUCGCAGCGAGAAGCACAGAAAGAGCAGGAUGAGCUAAGAGCCUAUGAAGCUAAACAUAAACAAAAGAGCACAUCUGGUCCAACUGGUUUGAAGUUGGUACUCAAAAUACCACACAGUAACAACAAGGAUCGAAUAAGCUUGAAGAAGCUUUCCAAGAAUGGUAAAGUAGAGAAGCGUUUGUCGAAAGUAAGCAGACCUGUUGGCAGACCUCGGUUAAAUCCAGUUGGCAGACCGCAUUCCCAGCAAGAGGAAGAUACAAACAAAUAUUGUUUCUGUAAACAGGGCUCUUUUGGAGAUAUGAUUGCAUGCGACAACGAGGAGUCCUGUCCGAACGGAGAAUGGUUCCACUACAAGUGUGUUGGCUUGCUUAGCAGGGUAGAGUCGUUGAAAUAUUCCACCGGAAAACAAAAAUGGUUCUGUUCAGAUCACUGCAGAGAAGUGGUUUCGGCCAAGGAUUCUCAGAAGAAAAAGAAGAAGAAGAGAAGAUGGUAA